AUGAGAGCUGAGGAAUACCUUAUCUACAGCUUGGUCAUUUUCUCCACUACAGCUCCGGCUGCCAUAUUCUCCUGGGGCUCUAAAUCCGGUGAGCAGGUUCAAUCAGGCAAUCCGUACAAACUAUUCGACAAGCGCCUCACGGAGGCGCGAACCAACAAGGAGAUCCACGCCGACUUCCUGGACACCAUCGUUGCUCCCAUGACGCCAUGGUCCUCGAGGAUGACAACUGUGUCUGCAAGGCUGAGAAGGACAGGCUGCUUGCAGACCUCCAGAAACUGUCGAGGAACGAGCGAGAGCAAACUGCACUCCUGGAUGAGUACGAUACGGACAAGAAGGGCGCGAAGGCGACUGAGUCCGCUUGAACUCGUUCCACGCAGCAUGUUAGGAGUUGUCAUCUACGGACACAGAGGCUGGGUUUCCUCGUGUAUGGAUGAAGCAGUGGUUUCGCAUGUUUGA